AUGCGCCGUGCGCUCUUACUUUCUCUUGCCCCAAUUGUUCUGGGAUGUAAUAACCCAGCGAGCCAUGCCUGUGCUUCGGCUUAUACUGCAUCCAGCUCUGCUGCCGCAGCGUUCUGUGCUACUUUCACUGCCAGCGUAGUGACCGCUACCACCGGUCUACCAAGCUUUGCUUCUGCUUGUGACUUCAAGACCAUGUCCCUGUCGAGUGCCUGUAGCUGCCUCGACACAGCCUGGGCUACUGCCGGAUCAGGAACCACUGUCAUUGCAACCAGUGUGGCUACUACACCUGCUGCCGCUUCUACCGGUACAAACGAAUCGUCUGCUACCUCCACUACUCUCGUCAAAACCACCCUCCCGGCCUCCUCCACUUCCACUUUGGUCGAUGUUCCAACCACUACUGCGGCACCGGCCACUACUGCCGCAGACUCUACUGGAUCGGGUACUACUUGUGUUGUAUCCGAAUACGCAUCUCUCUCUUCUGCUGUCAAGUCUUGCACCAAUAUCGUGCUGUCCAAUCUUUAUGCUCCUCCCUCGAGCACAAUUGAUCUGCAGAGUCUUCAGACUGGUGCCACUGUGACCUUUGCAGGCACUACGACUUUCGGUGACACCUACGACGAUGAUUUCGAUCCCAUCGUCGUCUCCGGUCACGAUAUUACUAUCACCGGUGCUGAGGGUCACGUUAUCGAAGGUAACGGUGCUGCUUACUGGGAUGGUGAAGGUUCCAAUGGUGGACAGGACAAGCCAGACCACUUCUUCGUCGUCAAGAAGACCUACAACUCCAAGAUCACCAAUCUGAAUAUCAUGAACUGGCCGGUUCACUGCUUUGAUAUCACUGGUAGUCAGAAUGUUGUCAUCUCUGGUCUUGUUCUGAACAACACCGCUGGAGACGAGCCUAACUCUGCUAGCGGCAGCAAGGCCGCAGCUCACAACAGUGACGGGUUCGAUAUCUCUUCAAGUGACUACAUUACUCUAGAGGACAUCGAAGUUUACAACCAGGAUGACUGCGUUGCGGUCACCAGUGGAACUCAGAUUGUUGUUGACAAUGUGUAUUGCUCUGGUGGCCAUGGUCUCAGCAUUGGAUCCGUUGGUGGAAAGAGCAACAACACCGUUGAUGGAGUUACUUUCAAGAACUCGCAGGUGGUCAACAGCGAGAACGGUUGCCGUAUCAAGAGCAAUGCGGAUACCACUGGCAGUGUGAGCAACAUUGUCUACCAGAACAUCACCGUCUCUGGCAUCACCGACUACGGCAUCGAUAUCCAACAAGACUACCUCAAUGGUGGUGCUACUGGUGACCCAACCAAUGGCGUUACCAUCAGCGGUGUCACCUUCGACAAUGUUAAGGGCACAGCGACUGACGAUGCCUAUGACUACUACAUUCUUUGCGGCUCGGACAGCUGCUCUGACUUUACCUUCACCGAUGUCUCCAUCACUGGCGGCGGUGAGACUAGCAGCUGCAACUAUCCUUCUACUGGCUGCCCCUAA